UCUUUGCUCGGUUCAAAUUUCUCAAACUUCGAGCUUCGCCUUUACUAAAAAUACGUUUGUUUUUACAAGACCUUGGCAUUCAUAAGAGUAUUCCACGUUAUUCAAAGUGACCAGACUGCCUCGCAUCUUCACCGCAACGUACUUACCCGAAAUUUCCUUUUCCAUGUAGAGAGUUAGUAAUGGAGGGAGACCCAGACAGUGGUUCUCUCGAAAUUGUGGCUGAACAGGUCCAGGUGACUGACGAACCUAUGGAGACAAUUUCAACAGACAGCUUGGAUAAUAGGAGGCCUAACACACCUGCAGGAAAGCAUUCGCCGGAACCAAAUAGUGAGGAUGUACCUCCUGGACCAGGAAAGAGAAAACGUGACUCGAGUGCAAGUGAGGAUGGGAGAAACAUGCGUACAAAGGUCCAUGACGUAGCAGGCAAAUCUGUGGAGCCUGUGGAUAUUAGUGCAUCAAAAAGCCCCAUAGCUGGCAGUACAGAUGGUCCAAUGGCCGGUAGUAAUCAGAAGUCUGAUGAUGUAGUCACCAGUAGUACAUCUAGCACUGAGACAGACGCUGAUGCAGCUGCUGCUUCCGAUAAAGCGGCUGCAGCAGCGUCCACGGGCAGCCAAGAUUUUCAGCUGGACAGAGAAAGUCUGGUGUUUGCGGCAGAGUGUCACAUGGCCGUACUGCAGGAUGAGGACGGUGACACACCGCUACACCUUGCAGUGGUGCAGGCAAAUAAACACCUGGUCCAUCACCUUGUCUACUUGAUAUCGCGCUCGAGCCGUCACGUUGACAUAGCCAACACACUAAGGCAAACGCCACUGCAUUUGGCUGCCAUCACUGGUCAGGCUGACUUAAUACGCCUACUGCUGGCCAACAACGCGUCAUGUAACCUGCCCGACCGCAUGGGCAGGACUGGACUACAUCUAGUGGCUGAGCGUAAUUACGAUGACUGCUGUACAGCACUGUUAGAGGCACGCGAUGUGGACUUUGAAAUGCGCAACUUUGAUGGCUAUAGUCCCGUGCAUCUAGCAGUGUUCAACAAUAGCUAUGCCGUGCUGCAGAAGUUGCUGGACAGUGGUGCCACUAUCAACCCACGUGAUGGCAAGAGUGGCCGAACGCCGUUGCAUCAUGCAGCCGAGGCAGGAAACGGUGCUAUGGUGCAGUUUCUGAUCGGGCACUUUGCUGACAUCGAUGCAACCACGUACGCUGGCAACACGCCACUGCACAGUGCCGCUGGUCGCGGGCAUGAGCACAUUGUGUCCGUGCUUGUGACGGCUGGUGCUGAUACGCGUUUACAGAACACUGAGGGCGAUGUGGCUGCGGACGUUGCCCGCUUCAGGAAUGCAUUCCAAGCACCGGCCAGUCAGUCCACGACAACAACAACAACAACAACAGCAGCAGCAGCAACAUCGACAACGACGACGGCAACAUCGAACCCCGUGACUGUUUAGGUAUUUUAACUUUGUAGAAGCGCAGUAUGAAUGAUGCCAGCAUACUUGUCGACCGACUGCGAUGGUGUAGCUAACCAUGCUUUGUCUGCUGCAGACUGCGAUGGCAUAGCUUCAUGUGCCCGAGGAAAACGUCUAGAACUGGAAGCUCAAGUUUGUUCGCCUUGAUCUUAGAAUACAUGUUUUGCUAGUUGCAAGCAGGCAACUAAAUGACACAUGGCUGAUAUGAGAAAGUGCACCUGAUCUCAGAGGGAGUCGUGCAGUCUUGAUUCCAAACCUAUGCAGACCCGUUCAUGAGAAACGCUUUAUUCUACAGUCUACUGUGUCACGAAAAUUUUUAUUGACCUGCCAUGAAAGAGCAGUUCUCUCCGAUUUAUUCAACCCCAUUUGUCCUACCUCUUGAGUGUUCUAUUUUGAUUCAAUAAUUUCUAGUUUUUGUGCAACUGGCAGGUACUAGGUGCAAUACCAUUAGUGCCACUAUCUCACUGUGUAGUCGUUUUCUUGCUGGGCGUUCAUCCAGAUUGCCCGUCCAUUUAUCGGUUCAAGUUGCAUCGUAUUAAAUUUUGUCCAAUUUUGUCAGUUUCCUUUCCCCCUGUACAUUGUAUAUACAUACAUGUACUACUUCAA